UCUGAGUCAAAGCACCGGGAGUGGAUCCGCCGCUCGGUUCUCUCUAAUCCUCCCCGGCUCACUCACUCAGUCGUCCGCAAUGGCGACCGCAGGAAGCCUCCUCCUCCUCCGCCUCCUUCUCCUCUUCUUCGGUUCGAGCUGCAUCUAAAACUCAUUCCCCCCCUCUUUGCCACUACUGGCUGGACGUGGAUGUUAAUAUCUCCCCUUCAGCUGGGACGUACUUUGGUGUGGACAAGCCUGCAUAUUCGAGAUCGGGGCUGGGCAGUGAGCAGUGCAGCACAGCAUGGCACAGCCAGACCCAGAGCCAAUGUCCUCUGGAGCAGGGCAGCGCCUCGGAGCCCCAGAGACUCUUGGCAUCAGUACCUUGGACCCGGGGCACAGACCCCCGGCCAUGCCCCCUGGACGACAUGUCACCAUCAGGGUCCGAAUGUUGGACGACACAGAGGAGCUUUUUGACAUCUCGCAAAAAGCUUCAGGCAAAAUGCUGUUUGACCUGGUGUGCUCCCACAUGAAUCUCAUUGAGGGCGACUACUUUGGCUUGGAAUUUCAGAAUCAUCAAAAGAUGAUGGUUUGGUUGGACCAUAUUAAACCCAUUAUCAAGCAACUCAGGCGACCGAAACACACAACCCUGAGGUUUACUGUGAAGUUUUUUCCUCCGGACCAUGCCCAGCUGCUGGAAGAGCUGACAAGGUACCUGUUUGCCCUCCAGAUCAAACAGGAUCUUUCCUGCGGACGUCUGACCUGCAACGACAGCAGCGCAGCGCUGAUGGUCUCCCACAUUAUCCAGUCUGAGAUUGGGGACUUUGAGGAGAGCCAGUGCCGGUCACACCUCCUCAACAACAACUACAUCCCAGAUCAAAUGCCGCUGAUUGACAAGAUCAUGGAGUUUCACUCAAAGAAUAUAGGUCUAACACCAGCAGAAUCAGACUAUCAGUUACUAGAAGUGGCGCGCAGGUUGGAGAUGUACGGGAUUCGGCUCCACCCUGCCAAGGACCGUGAGGGCACGAGGUUAAGCCUGGCGGUGGCGCACACAGGUGUCCUGGUCUUCCAGGGACACACGAGGAUUAACGCCUUCAACUGGUCUAAAGUCCGUAAACUGAGCUUCAAGAGAAAACGUUUCCUCAUCAAACUGAGGCCAGAUCUAAAUAGUUCAUAUCAGGACACUCUGGAGUUUCUGAUGGCCAGCAGGGACUGCUGUAAGAUCUUCUGGAAGAUCUGUGUUGAAUAUCAUGCCUUCUUCCGCCUCUUUGAGGAACCCAAACCCAAGCCCAAGCCUGUGCUCUUCACGCGAGGCUCCUCUUUCAGAUUCAGCGGUCGCACACAGAAGCAGGUGAUUGAUUAUGUGAGAGAGUCUGAGUUUAAAAAGAUCCCAUUUGAAAGGAAACACAGUCGGGUCCAAUACAACAGUCGGGUCCAACACAACAGUCGCCUGUCGCCAUUGCCUUCUCCACGCCACCAUGAAGUGCCAACAGAAAGUGGUGUUCCCGGGGACAGAGUCGACUCUCCCGCUCGGCGUCAUUGGAAGGAGUCGGUGCUGGUUAGUGCAGAAGACCCGUCAGUUUCGCGGAUAACGAGGGCGAGUCCUUCCCACCAGAGAAACGGCCACGAUGACAGGGCGGAGUCUGUGUCCAGGACGGAAGACAGAAGAGGCUCAACACGACAGGCCCACCCAGAACAUCUGAAUACAGGUGUGGUUUCCAACAGUCCUCACCUGUCCGCCUCCCCUGGUCACUCCCAUGGGAUGGUCAACGGUCAGAAGUCACUGGAUCUGUGCAGCCACAGUCCGGACGGCCGACAGCCUUCCCCCCUCACCAGCCCGCUGCUCAACGACGCCUGCAGCGUUCGCACUGAUGAUGAAGAUGACGUUAGGAGGAAGAGGUUUCCAACAGAUCGAGCCUACUUCAUCGCCAAGGAGCUGCUGACCACAGAGAGGACGUAUCUGAAGGACCUGGAGGUGGUGACUGUGUCUUUCCAGAGUGCUGUGGGACAAGACGAGGCGACUCCAGAGUCCUUGAAGAACACCAUCCUCUCCACCUUUGAGCCUCUGCACAAGUUCCACACGGGUUUUCUCAGGGAGGUGGAGCAGAGGCUGGCGCUGUGGGAAGGACGCUCCAAUGCACACAUUAAAGGAGACUACCAACGCAUUGGAGAUGUCAUGUUGAAGAACCUUCAAGGUUUGAAGCCGCUGACGACAAACCUGAACAAGCAGUCAGAAGUUCUGCUGGAGCUGGAGAAGGCGUGCAAAGCGUCCCGCAAGCUGGAGGGUCUCUGCAGGGACUUUGAGCUGCAAAAGGUCUGCUACAUCCCCCUCAACGUCUUCAUCCUGCGGCCUCUGCACCGCCUCAUUCACUACAAGCAGAUCCUGGAGCGCCUGUGCAAACACUAUCCAGCUACUCACGUGGACUUCAGGGACUGCAGAGCCGCUCUGGCAGACGUGUCUGAGGUGGUGGAGCAGCUCCAGGGAAGCCUGAUCAAGAUGGAGAACUUCCAGAAGCUGCUGGAGCUUAAGAAGGAUUUGAUUGGCGUUGACAAUCUUGUUGCUCCUGGUCGGGAGUUCAUCAGGUUAGGCUGCCUCAGCAAACUGUCGGGAAAAGGCCUACAGCAACGAAUGUUUUUCCUGUUUAAUGACGUCAUUUUGUACACGAGUCGAGGGAUGACGCCGACCAAUCAGUUCAAAGUGCACGGGCAGCUGCCGCUCCACGGCAUGACAAUCAGAGAGAGUGAGGAUGAGUGGGGUGUUCCUCACGCCUUCACGCUGGUUGGACAACGACAGUCGGUGGUGGUGGCCGCAAGUUCAUUAACAGAGAUGGAGAAGUGGAUGGAAGACAUAAAGAUGGCGAUAGAAAUGGCCAAAACCAGCAACGGGCCUUCAUCUGACCUGCUGACCACCAACCUGACAGACAACAAAUGCCCGGAGGACUCCUCGGUGGAGGCAGAGUCCGAGGACGACACGACAUCUCCGCACACCUCGCUGGAGAGGCCCGCCCCUCACCGUGGUAACACCAUGGUGCACGUGUGCUGGCACAGGAACACCAGUGUGUCCAUGGUGGACUUUAGCAUAGCUGUGGAGAAUCAGCUAUCAGGAAACCUACUGAGGAAGUUCAAGAACAGCAACGGCUGGCAGAAGCUCUGGGUGGUUUUCACCAACUUCAGCCUGUUUUUCUACAAGUCUCACCAGGAUGAUUAUCCCCUGGCCAGCCUUCCACUGCUGGGUUACUCAGUCACCAUCCCCUCCGAGUCCGAAAACAUCCACAAGGACUACGUCUUCAAACUGCAUUUCAAGUCCCACGUCUACUAUUUCCGAUCGGAGAGCGAAUACACUUUUGAGAGGUGGAUGGAGGUAAUCCGCAGCGCUACUGUCCCCUCAAGUCGCGCUCGUGUCCUGAACAGCAAAGAGCCUCAUCCCCACUGAGUCGGCUCACCUUCUUCCCAUACGCUGUCUCCUUCGGGUGGCAUCCGCCCGUCCUGCCCCCCCCCCCCCCCCGGACUCUUUGCUUUUCUUUUCUACGCAUAUCUGGGACAUUUGUACAUGUGUCCAUGCACAUUUGGUGCUUUUUAAUGCUUUAAUGGUGACAUGUCCGCUGGUUUAGACUGCAUCAGAGACUGCAUUUUUGGCAUUUUUACUCUCAACUCUGAAACCUCUUUUUAAGGAUGUCAUUUUAUACUGUUUUCUAAUGGUCUGAACCACUUCCUAUAUUUCUGGUUUUACAUUUUGUCAUUGGUUGUUUUUACAGCAGGAACAUGUUGAUAUAGAUACACAGCAUUCUUUCGUAGAUGUUUAAACUAUCACUGCAUUGUCAUAAACAUUUUGUCUACUUGUUCAUUUUAACUGAAAACGGCUGCUUUGAAAAUGUUCUGCAACUUCAGUGCCAAACUGGUUUAUAUCAAUGUCCUCAACUUUUUAAUGCUAUUUUGUUACAAUGGGGAUCAGGACUGUCCUCCUGUAAAAUUUUAAAUCAUAUCAAACAGGCCACCCUUUAAAGAUCAGCGCUCUGUUCACGCCUGGCCCAGCACAAUGUGUUGUUGUUCAAAAGAAGGAGAUGAAUAUAUGAAAUUAUUUUAUUGAUAUAACCCUAGGAUUGAUCACAGUGUGGCCAGGAGUAGCUGCCAUCACCUCUAAUGCCAUUUCAAGUAAAGUAAAUAUUCUAUUUGAUGAUCUUUGUUGUAUGAAUACUCUCAGAGAGUUUUGCUUUUCUUUUUUUAUAUAUUAACUCUGAAGUUCCCGUUCAGCUGUAUGAGAUAAUGUGAGACGUGUUCAUAAUCGCUGUAUUAUGAAAGUAAGUGUAAUUGAAAGCUUUAAAGAUUACGUGUGAAACAAAAAUAGAAACUUUCAGUUCCAAGCGUUGUCGCCCUCACUGAACUCGGCUGCCUCCCGUAUACAGAUCUUUUUAUGGGUCUGAAUGAAUGGAAAUAUGCAUUUGACAGAGUUUUGCAGUGAAGCAUAUGAGACGGAAAACCUCAGUUCGGCUCAGAAUUGCAGUUUGUUUUCCCAGAUAAUAGAGAGCUCUUUGGAAAUGAAAGCAAUAAAAAAAACUUACUCAAACUUA